GUAAUUCGAACAUUCAGGACCCUGGCCUGAACUAACUUCCUCUUCCCCUCGCAUGUAGCACCCACCACCUGCCUGAGUUGUCUUAGCUUUAAUCCUUCUUUCUCCAUAGGGCCUGAGCUGCCUGCAGAAGCCAGAGCCAGGUCUUCAUACCUUUAACGGCUAACCAAGUCCCAGAUCUGGCUCCAGCUCUGGGACCAUCAUGGAGAAGGACUUUCAAGACAUCCAGCAGCUGGACUUCGAGGAAAAUGACCAUCAGCUCAGUGGUGGUGAGGGACCAGGCAUUUGUGGGCAGAAUCCCAAGAGAGAAAAUCCAUUUUGGAAAGGGCCAUCUCCCCAGCCCCUCCAGCAACGCCUCUGCUCCAGGUUCCGUCUCAGUCUUCUCGCCCUGGCCUUCAAUGUCCUACUGCUGGUGGCCACAUGUGUGAUUGGAUCCCAAAGCACACAGCUGCAAGUGGAGCUGCAGACCCUGAAAGAAGCUUUCAGCAAUUUCUCCUCCAGCACCCUGGUGGAGAUCCGGGCUCUGGACUCCUAUGGAGGCAGAGCAGGUGGCAAGUUGACAUCCUUGGGAGACCAAUUGGAGAAAAAGCAGAAAGAUCUUCAAGCAGAUCAUGCUACCUUGCUCCUUCACCUUAAGCACUUUCCAGUGGAUCUUCGUACCCUGGCUUGUCAGAUGGCAUUCCUCCAGAGCAAUGGCACAGAAUGCUGCCCCAUUAACUGGGUGGAGUAUGAAGGCAGCUGCUACUGGUUCUCUCGUGCUGGGAUGACCUGGCCUGAGGCUCGAAAUUACUGCCAGCUGGAGAACGCCUACCUGGUGGUCAUCAACUCUUGGGAAGAGCAGAAAUUUAUUACACAACACACCGGCCCCUUUCAUACCUGGAUAGGUCUCACUGACACUGAAGGCUCCUGGAAAUGGGUGGAUGGAAGUGACUACAAGUAUGGCUACAGGAACUGGGCUCUCUCUCAGCAACAAAAUUGGUGGGGCAGCGAAGUGGGUGGAAGCAAAGACUGUGUUGAAGUCUUGUCGAAUGGCUUCUGGAACGACAAUUUCUGCCAGGAGGUGAACCGCUGGGUGUGUGAGAUGCGGCAGAAUAUUACUGAAUAGGAGCCCCGCCCCAGCCCUCUCUGUUGAAGAAAGCAAGCAAAAUGGAGUCCUGGCCAUGGGGAGCAGUUGAGGAAAAAUAGAGAAGGGGUGGUUUGUCUUAGAUCCUGGGAAGGCUGAGAUCCUGCCUCUUGCAAUUCAUGUAAUUAGUAUAAUUUUCAGCCUCUUCAACGGAUUAGGAAAAGAAGAAGGAAAUACUUGAAACUCUGUGUGGCUUGGUUAUUUGGAACUGGGAUGUGAAGGGUGCACAGAAAAGGGAGGGGCUGGGGAUUUAGCUCAGUGGUUCCACCGCCUGCCUCACAAGCAAGCUCAAGGUCCUGAGUUUGAUCCCCAGCACCAAAAGCAAAAACAAAAAAUGUGCUUUGGGCCGGGGAUUUAGCUCAGUGGUUCUGCCUCCUCUCCUGCAAGCCCAAGGACCCGAGUUCAAUCCCCAGUACCAAAAAAAAACAACAACAAAAAAAAAAAAAAAAAGAAAAGAGAGGGGGGAGGGUCUAGAAGAGGCAAAGUAUAAUUCCUAGACAGCUGCUCCCCACACUGACCCCCUAGGUACAUCCGUAAGGGAUGGAGGAAAGAGGCUUGGAGCACAAACACUCAGUGGCUGAAACUUCUAAGAGCUGGAGGGGUUACCUGGAAUGCCAGAGGGGCUUUCCCUGCAGCUGUGGCUCUCCCCAAACUGGGUUGCAGGGAACCCCCCCCCCCCCAACCUCUACCCUCAAAGGAAAAUAUUUGCCUGGAGAGAAGGAGGCUGGGUAGAUGACAUCUUCCUGCUGCCUUCAGCAUGGCUGCCCCUUUUGAACCCCAAACAAAUUUAGACCUAUCACCAACACAGACUAUUGCCAACAGUUUCCACAGUGGGCACAUUUCCCCUCUUAAGAUCAUUUAGGCCACACAAUGAAAUAUUAUUUAGUCAUAAAGAAGAAUGAAAUUAUGUCAUUUGCAAGAAAAUGGGUAGAACUGGAGAUCUUCAUGUUAAGUGAAACAAGCCAGACUCAGAAAGUCAACUAUCAUAUAAGGAAUCUAGGGAAAAGAUAAAAAGAGAGAUGCAUGAAAGUAGAAGAGAGAGACUAUCAGAGAAGAGAAAGGGGAUCUGGAUGUGAGGGGAAGGGUGAAGGAGAGGAAAUGGGGAGAAGGAAGUGAUCAAAAUAUGUUAUAUGCAUGGACAAAUAUGCCAAAAUGAACCCACUAGUCUGUAUGACUAAUAUAUGUUAAUUUUUUUAAAAAGUAAGUGCCAAGGCUGGGGAUGUUGCUUGGUGGUAGAGAGAACACUUGUCUAGCAUGUCCAAAGCACCUCUCCUCCACAAGUAUUGCUCAUUGCUAGGUUAAAAAAGCCAGUCUACAAAAGCUACACACUGAAUGAUCCCAACUAUACGACAUAAGAUCAGUGGUUGCCAGGGGUUCAGGAUCAGUGGUUGCCAAGGGAGAGAUGAAUAGAUGGGACACAGAAGAAUUUGAGGGUAAUAAAACCAUUCUGUAUGACACUGUAAGAGUGGAUACAUGGCAUACAUUUGGUAAGUCUCAUAAAAAUGUGCAACAGAGUGAACUCAAGUACAUUAUAGACUUCAGUUAAUCAUAAUAUAUAAAUAUUGGCUUAUCAUUUGUAACAAAUACUAAUGGAGGAAAAACAAGUAAAUGAAUAAAAUGAAAAUUCCAUUAAGCACAACUUCCUGUUCUUUUGAGCUAUUGAAAUGACUCCUAUAGGAAGAUAUAAACUUAUACGUGUCCUGGUGUUGUAUAAUUUCCCAACAUUUCUCAGUGCUUUGAGAAAGUAAAAUUGCCUCUGAAAGAUGAACAAAUUGUGAGAGCUGAGAGCUUCCAACAAUCAUAAAUAAAAACAAAAUUAGUUUUCAUGGUGUUUUGAGGAGUAAUUUUGCUAUUACAAUCUAUCAAAGAAAAUCUUUAAUAAUUAUCAAAAAGGGAGAGAUUUUUGAGGUUGUAUUUUCCUGUUAUGAUACAAUUAAAUUAAAAUUACAUAUAAACUAAUAAAAAGGAUGAGCUAUUUGUAAAUGAAAAAAUAUUUCCCCAUAGUACUAUGAUUCAAAGGAAAAGUUAUGUAUAAAAUAAUGAAAUAUAUCAAAACAUAUAGGAUAUAGCCAAAGGUGGCUCACAGGAAAAGCUACAGCCUCAAGUUUUUUUAAUUAUUAAAAACUAAAGACUGAAACUAGUUUCUUACUUAAAAGAUGCUAUAAAUCAACCAUAAACCAAAAUGUAGUAGUAGUAGGAAAUUAAUAAUGAUGGACAAUUACAAGAAUUAGUAGAAUACAUAAAGCUAAAACUCAUUUUAAAAAGAAAACUUUGAAAGUUUAGAUAAUUGACUUACAUGCAGUAGUGAAAAAACAACACAGUGAUCCUACAUGACCUUUCCCAAGUCCCCUCCAAUUUUGUAAAUAUAUCGCACAGUACCAAGACCAGGAUAUGAACAUUGACAGUCAUGAUACAGAAGACUUCUAACCACCAGGGUCCUUUUUCCUAUUCCCUUUAUAUUGAUACCUACAUCCAAACCCUGCCCAUAAACCUGCCCAAUUCCUAACCUGACAGCCAUAAAUCUGUUCUCUACUUCUAUAGUUUUGUAAUUUCAGGAAUGUUAUAUAAAUGGAAUCAUAUAAUAGGUAACCCUUUUGGAUUGGCUUAUUUUCUCUCAGUGUAAUUCUCUGGAGAGUCCCUAAGUUGUUGCAUAUGUCAGUAGUUCAUUCCUUUGUUUUGCUGAGUUGUAUUCUGAGGUAUGAAUGUACCAGUGUGUUUAAUCAUUCACCCACUGAUGGCCAUCUGGGUUGUUUGUAAUUUUUCACUAUUGCAAAUAAAUCUGCUGUGAACAAUCA